UUCAACGGUUCAGCGCCUCGAGCCAAUAAAUAGAUCCGCUGCUGGCCUGCUAGCGGUCAGGACGAAUGUCCCGUGAGCCAGUGUAGAUUUGUGCCUGGUAUCCCUUGCUUGUGGUCGGGGUUUUCGGUUGUGCCUGAUUUGAGAACGGGACUUUGGAAGCUCACUUAAUUACUACCAUUUUGAAGUCUCUCAGUACAUUGGCUGUGUCGCUUGUCAUGGAUAUCACGGAUCUCAUGGAUGUUGAACACUUAAUGGACACGACGCCUCCGAUGGAAGAAGACACAGUGCCGUGCACGCUGGAGCCAAGUCUCCCGGAGGGAUCCCGAACUGGUAAAGCUCAAAAUUUGCUAUACAGGCCAUCAUGGACAAAGCCAGACUCUUGGCGAGACAGAGACACAAAUGUGCACGAGACUCGAAACUUGCCGUGCACGCUGGAGCCAAGUCUCCCGGAGGGAUCCGGAACUGUGCCGUGCACGCUGGAGCCAAGUCUCCCGGAGGGAUCCCGAACUGUGCCGUGCACGCUGGAGCCAAGUCUCCCGGAGGGAUCCGGAACUGUGCCGUGCACGCUGGAGCCAAGUCUCCCGGAGGGAUCCCGAACUGUGCCGUGCACGCUGGAGCCAAGUCUCCCGGAGGGAUCCGGAACUGUGCCGUGCACGCUGGAGCCAAGUCUCCCGGAGGGAUCCCGAACUGGUUAUGUAAACAUGGCAGACAAGGAAAACGUGCCAAGAUACGCUAAUACGCCCACAAAUGGUGCACAGCAAAGGUCUCAAGGGGUUCGGAAGCCCCAAAGGAGGAGGACAUGCUUGGAAUGGACUAUUAAUGAUUUUGACAUUGGCAGGCCACUUGGAAGCGGAAAGUUUGGCAACGUGUAUCUUGCUCGAGAGAAGCAGAGCAAGUUCAUCGUUGCACUGAAGGUACUGUUCAAAGCUCAGUUGCAAGUGUAUGGAGUUGAACAUCAGCUUAGGCGGGAGAUUGAAAUCCAGUCGCAUCUCAGGCAUCCUCACAUCUUGCGGCUGUACGGCUACUUUCACGAUAAAACCAAAGUAUACCUGAUCCUCGAAUAUGCUCCGAGGGGAGCGCUGUUCAAAGAGCUCCAGAGGUGCAAUGUGUUUGAUGAAACCAGAGCAGCCACGUACCUCUACCAGAUGUGCGAUGCACUCAAGUACUGCCACAGCAAGAAAGUUAUCCACAGGGACAUCAAGCCAGAAAAUCUCUUGCUGGGCUAUCACGGGGAGUUGAAAAUAGCAGAUUUUGGCUGGUCCGUUCAUGCACCAUCCUCCAGGAGGAACACCAUAUGUGGCACCAGGGACUACAUUCCCCCGGAAAUGCUACAAGGAAGCGUGUACGAUGAACAGGUUGAUCUGUGGUCUAUGGGGGUCCUGACUUACGAGUUACUAGUGGGAAGACCUCCCUUCGAGUCGAAGACCUCGGAGGAGACUUACACGCGCAUUCUUGAAAUUGACAUGCAGUACCCUGAUCAUGUAUCACUUGAAGCCAUGGACUUCAUUGAUAGGUUUCUUCAGCUUGUUCCUCAAGAGAGGAUGACCCUUGAUCAAGCCUUAAUGCACCCGUGGGUGGUGAGAAAUGCAGACACCAGCUUUGUUGCAAGGGCACGUCGAAACCGCUGUAUUAGCUAGACAUACACUUGACUGCCGUGUACUAUGCAUUGUAAUAAACUUUUACCGUGCUUUUUUUGUA